CUUUUUUUUUUUUUCAAUUCGCAGCAGUGACUAUUUCUGUCAUCGAUAUUUAAUAAUAAGAAAAUACACUUCUUCCUUCUGUCUUUAAUUGGCUUGUAUUGAGGGAUAUUAAAGUGUGAAAUGAUUGCAAAAUCUCUGGAAGGAAAAACAUCGCCAGCAUGUCCUGUGCUGUCGACAAAUUAAUUCGAUCUAUUUACAACAGAAGUUAUAUAUUGUACGGUUGCAAGUAUGUGGCAUAUCACGUGAUUUGGAAUCUCCCCCGUGUAAUCUGGAUCACGGUUCAUAUAUGUAUGCCACAUAAUAUUAGUAUCCUGACGACCCGUUUCAACGAUCAGUUUGAUAGCGGCCGUUGAGAAGAGAUAAAGCGAAUUUUUUUAAAAAAACAUCUUGUACAACUACCCUAUUUUGAGAUUCACGAUUCUGUGGAAUCACAGAAAUUCUUUGUUGAAAGAUCAUAAUCCUGUGAAGACAGGAAAAAUUAUUGAUCAUCGUCUACGAGAGUUAUAAAACUUCAAUAUGCUUACAGUAUUUCUACUACUCAUACCAACACUCUGGGGGGAUGAAACUGAGGCUAGUGUUCUCGUGGCAGAUACCACUAUGUCAAGAAUGGUGGAAUUAAAUGCGGAUGCGCCCUUCUGUGCCUUGUACACCGAUCGUGGUGUUAUUCAAAAAAUGGUUCUUGGUGCUGAUCCAAAAAAAGUCCGUCAAAUGUCAAGCAAUCUCGUAGCAGAUUUGGAAGAAACGUGUAAAGCCUCUCGAGACAAGGGAAAGAAUCAACCUCCAGGAGGUGGAUUGAUUUAUCCAGGCACAAAAUGGUGUGGUCCAGGUACUUUAGCGAAAUCGUAUGAUGAUCUCGGACACCAUGCAGCCGAGGAUGCAUGUUGUAGAGAACAUGACCAUUGUCCUAUCACUAUAUCGCCUAAAGAAUGCAUUCAUGGUAUAUGCAAUAACUCGCCUUUCACACGGUCUCACUGUGACUGCGAUGCGAAGUUCCGUAGAUGUUUGCAGAAUCUUAAUUCGGAAGUCGCAAAUACUCUCGGUGCUCUUUUUUUUAAUGUGAUACAAGUAACUUGUUUUAAGGAGAGACGUCCCUGUUCACAGUGGCAAAGAAAUGGUUACACGGAAUCGGUAUCGAACCGAUUGUGCUCCCAGUACAAAUUCCGACCAAGCGACAAAUACGUGCCGUUGAUGCCCUUGAACGUGAACUAGCUAUUGCGGAAACGCAAGAAGAACGGACCAGACAGCCUUUGAAGUGAUGCCAGUUAACAGAGUUCUAAUGAGUGGGAUAAUUGCACGCGCUUCAACAGCGUUCCUUGCGCGCCUCUUUCUUUCAUGCUGAUCCAACCUGUUUGGGAAUAGAACGAAAUGUUCUUUCCUUAUCAUUCAUGAAUUUAUAUUGUUACAGAUCAUUAUUUUUCAUGGAAUGUCAUUUUUCUUUUCUGACUUUUAUUUGACAAAAAAUUUAUUAUCCUCUUUUUGGUAGCUUCGAUCAAUUUUUCUGCAAGAUCGGUCUAAAAUAAUAGAUAGAAAAUUAGUUUCCGAAAAUUCCAUAGCAAGAAGUAUCCAAGAAAUAUUUUUUAAUAUUUUUUUUAACAAAUAUAAAAAUAUAUCAGAUAUUUUUUUAUUUUUUCUUUGGUUUCGAAUAAAGUGGAUUUUUUUAGUCUUAAAAAAUUAAAAAUUUUUUUUAAAGUUUGCAUAAAUAUGAAAAAUAUUAGAACUUUUUUUUAUUUUUCUGUUUAGUCAUUUUUUCAAUUUUAAAAGUAAAAAAUGGAAUAAAUAAGAUGGUCAGCUUGAAAGUAAGAAAUAGUUAUGCAAAUGUUAGUAGCUGUCAUCCUUGCAAUAUAAAAGUCAAUAUGUAUUGUUAUAAAAAGUUUUUUGUUUUUUGCUUCGUAAUAUAUGAAAUGAAAUCCAGAAAAAAAAAUAUAUAUAUAUAUAUAUACAGAUAUGCUAUAUAAAAAAAUUCUUAAGAAGGAAUCGAUAUGAAAUUUGAAUAAAAACCAUUGAUUUCGAAAGAAUUGCGAAUUUAUAUUCGCAAAUAGUUUAUAAUUUUACUGCUCAAUAUUAUUUUUAUAAUAUGUUUCCAAUUCUAAAAAUAAUAAUUUAAAUGAUUGAUCUUUUUAAGAAAAAAAAAGGAAGUUACAGACAUACAAUAUGAAAUAAAAACUAUUUGGUAAAUUUAUAUUGAUUACCGCUAAACUAAAGAUAGUAACAAAGAAAAAGAUUAUAGCUAUAAUUGACUAAACAAUUGUUUCAUCGAACAUAAAACAAAGAAAGAUUUCACUGGAACUGUAUCACCGAAACAAGGUUCGCAUUUCUUGCAUAUCAAUCGUCGUUAUUUCAGUCGCGCAAAUAUGCAUGCAAUUGCAUAAAAUCACGUAGCAUUUUCUACGAUUUUCCUUAGAUUAAAAUUUUUCAUCAAGUUGAUACGGAAGUAAUUAAAAUAUAUUAAAUAUAAAUAUGACAACUUUUUGAAUUAAAUUUCAAAUAAAAUAUUAUUAUAUUUGAGAUAUAUAUAUAUAUUUUCUAAAUAAUGAAUGCUAGUAUCAACUUGAUGAAUUUACAACGUACCAAUAAAUUUCACAAUAUCGACGAUUUUUCUAUCCUUUUUGAUAGCUUUUGAAUUUUUAAAUUUAAAAUUUUUAAAUUUACUCGUGCGUUCAACGAAUUUAUUUGUUUUAAGACAUUUUUAAAGUGGUUUAUAUAUAUAAAUUAAAAAUUAACAAUUAAAUUAAAAUUAACAUGAUAAUGUUGCAGCUCAAAUAUCCAAGAAUCAUGAAAGAACUUGAUUCAUUCGAUGCAAACUGCUCAAAAUAAUAUGAAAAAUAUAAAAUGAUUGAACAAAAUUUCCUCACUUAUACAUGAAAAUAUUUUAUUUGCAAAAUACAUUAAAUUGAAAAAUUAAUCAAGAAAUUGAUAAACAUUUCCGCAAUUUCUUAUAAAACAAUAUGGAAAUUUCAACAAUUAAGUUCAAUUAUCGUUUUUCCUAUGAUUAUCAUAUAACAUGAGUUUAAUGAGCAAUCCAAUAUCAAUUAUAUAUAUACAACUGUAUAACUUAGAACUUAAAAAAUGAAAUUGACUUUCAAAUGCUUUUGACAAUCUUAUUUUGUAAAUUGUAAUCUUCAUUUUAUGAUACAUUCAUUAUUCUUUUUCUUAAAUGAUAUGAAAAAAAUGGUUUACUAAUUAUUUUGAGCAGUGAUAAAAGAAUAAAUGAAAUGAUCAGAAGAAAAUCCUGCACAAUCUUUACUGUGAUCGAAAUUACUCAGAUAUGUAAGCUUGCUAUAGUUUUUACUUAUAGAAUAAUCAUUUAUGGCUCUUCAUGCUCAAAUAAUUGAUGCGACCUGAGAGAACCGGAAGUUGUCGCUAGACAAAAAGAUUAUCCGGAUUUUGUAAAUAUCUCGAGAAGGUCAGCCGGGAAAGCGUGCAAUCGAUUCAAUAUGUCACAUUGAUAUAUAUGUUAGAAAUAGCUCAGUGACAUUUAGUUUCCUGAAGACCUUCGAUUGAUCAUCAGUAUAGUGACAAAUUCUAACUAAAUUAAAAAAAUUGUUUUACAUAUCACUUUUAAAGAUAUAUAUAUUUUUCAAGAUUAUUUUAAUUAAGUUUAAAUUAUUUCAAAAAAAUUAUAAAUAUGGUAUUCAAUAUUCAAUAUACAAAUAACUUUUGUAAUAAGCAAGUUAAAUUAUUUUGGAUAUUUAGAAUAUUAAUGAUUUAAAUUAUGAAUUUUAUCAUUUAAAAUUUAUUUUCUAAGAUUAAACUGUACUGAUGAAUAUGAGAUAGAUAUGUAUUUAAAUGUAUGUAUACAAAUUAGUUUUUAAUUAUAAUAUGAUAUAAUAUAAUCAACAUUUUUAACAUUUGCAUGCGAUAAUAUUAUUUAUAUUAUAUUGAUAUAUAUAUUUUAGUCUAAAAUGGAUCUCUUGGAUACUUUCUGGAAAAAAUAUUUAUAUUAUAUAUCAUAAAGAAACUAUGUAUCUAUAAGUAAUUAAU